AUGAGUGUGCGAAGAAGUGGGAGAAGUGGAAGAAGUGAGAAGACAAUGGAAAGCGAAUACGUGGUAGUAUUGGAUCCAAACAAAGACAUGGACCACGAGUUUGAAGCAGAGGUGGGCCACAGAGCGGCCAAAGAGUUUGCUUUUAAGUUGGAUUGGUUUCAAAUGCAAGCGAUUAUACAUCUGGAGAGACAUUCAAAUGUGUUGGUGUCGGCGCACACCUCCGCCGGCAAGACUGUGGUCGCCGACUACGCCAUCGCUAUGGCCUUCCGCUCAAGUUGGAUUGCGAUUAUACAUCUGGAGAGACAUUCAAAUGUGUUGGUGUCGGCGCACACCUCCGCCGGCAAGACUGUGGUCGCCGACUACGCCAUCGCUAUGGCCUUCCGCUCCCACUCCCGCGUCGUCUACACCUCUCCUAUUAAAGCACUCUCUAAUCAAAAGUACAGAGACUUCAAGAAGGACUUCGGAGAUGUAGGACUUCUCACAGGCGACGUUCAGAUCGACACCGACUCCAAGUGUCUGAUAAUGACGACCGAAAUAUUGCUGCAAAUGUUGUACAACAGGUCGGAAGUGAUCGAUAAGUUAGAGUAUGUGGUGUUUGAUGAGUGCCAUUACGUGAACGAUCCCGAAAGGGGUCACGUCUGGGAAGAAGUGUUCAUUUUGUUGCCACAAGAGUGCAGUUUAGUGUUGUUGUCGGCAACGGUUCCAAAUGUGGUUCAGUUCGCCGAUUGGUUGGGACGCACGCGACGCAAGAAGACAUAUGUGGUGUCCACUUCGAAACGACCCGUUCCUCUACAACACUAUCUAUAUAUGGGAAGGGAUGGCAAGUCUAAGAACGAUAGACAUAUGAUUGUUGAUGAAAAUGGACUUUUUAUUAACGAUAAUUACAAGAAAUGCGAGCAAAUUAUUGGAGACUAUAAACUAAAAUGUCCUCAAACUGAGCGACAAAUCUAUUUAAAUUUGAUCCGACAUUUGGAAGAGAAGGAUCAAUUGCCGGCCAUUUUAUUUACAUUGUCUCGUAAUAGAUGUGACUCUAAUCUUGAGAAUCUGAUGGCAAUCAGUUCCGACUCAUUCCGAUUGAUUAAUAAGGCAGAAGAGGCCAGAAUUCAUAACUUUGUUUGGUAUCACUUGAGACGACUUAAGCCUUGCGAUCAAAAGUUACCACAAAUAGUUAGAACAGUAGAAAUGCUUAAAAGAGGAUUAGGUGUCCACCACUCAGGAGUGCUUCCAAUCCUUAAAGAGUUGACAGAGAUUUUGUUUUCUGAGGGAUUGAUCAAAGUAUUGGUGGCAACCGAGACAUUUGCGAUGGGUGUGAAUAUGCCGGCCCGCACUGUGGUCUUUGACUCGAUUGACAAACACGAUGGUAACAAUUGGAGGGAUUUAUUGCCUUCGGAGUACAUCCAAAUGGCCGGUCGUGCGGGCCGUCGCGGCAAAGACUUGAACGGCACUGUUAUCAUUCUGUGCAAGUAUGACAUCCCUGACUCUCCCCGUCUCACUCGUAUGAUUCAGGGGUCGGCAAAUCAGUUGGUCUCUCAGUUCAGACUUACUUAUCAUAUGAUCUGUAAUUUACACAAAACUUGCAAAUCAGACGAAACAGAUAUUGAAAAGUUUUUGGAGCGCUCUUUCGGUGAACACAAUCGUCUCAAACAAUCAACAGAUGUGAUGAAAGAGUUGGAUUUGUUGAGACAGCAAAUCGAGACAUUUGCCAUUCAACAAUGCCCUCAAUGUGCAGAUAUAGAUACUUUUUGUAGGCUCUUUGACCAAUAUGUCGAGUGCUUGCAAGUAGUUAUGCCUUCAAUAUGUCAGAGAGCUCUCGAAAAAGGGAAACUAAAUAUCGGACGCAUUAUAGCUGUUGUUGGCAAUGAAAAUCCAUUUGAAACUGCAAUCGUUGUUAGAGUUAAUAAAGAUAAAUACAAUCAAAUAUCAAAUUUGACUGUACUUUCAUUGGCACUAAAUGGUGGCCCA